AGCUCCAAGAUGGCCACUAUGAUAAUCAAGACAACUAUGAAAAAAAAAAACCAGGUGUUGGUCUCAGAAGUAGAACAAAUGAUGACGUUAUCGUGUUGCGGACGAAGGAUGUGGACGUGGCUUCAAAGAGACGCGAAGGCGACUUGAAAAAUGAAGAAGCUCUCAUGAAGAUGCAGGUCGACGUCGAGAAAGAAGAACAUAGAGUAGAGCAAGAAGGCAAAGAGCUGUCAAUAGACAUAACUACCCGGCCUGCGCCUGCUUUUCAUGAUCAGGAGAUAGAGGACCACGAUGACGAAGCAGUAGUAGAACACGACGAAAAGAUGAAAGAAGAAGAACAAGAUGACCAUGCUGAAGUUAGCCUUCUGGUAGUGGACCGUAGUACGAAGGAAAUCAAGAUGAUGAUCGAGAAAAAUAGAUCUCCCGAGAACUACGACUUCUCAAUGAACGAGUUCGAUCUUGAUGCUUCUGCAAGUAAAAAAAGCCAGCUACUACGCACGAGCUCGCUAUCAACACCUAGCACUG